CUCCAGGAAACAUGGCAGCGACCAACCCUUUCUCCUGCCCCUUUUUUCUCUCCUUCCUCUUUUUAUUCUCUGUUAUCCGGCCAGCCUUCACCCAGGGUCCAUCAGUUACAGCUGUGGGAGUAUCUGAGGAUUCACCUACCACACUGACUAACCAGACAACUACCAGCUAUACAGAGACCACCCAAAACACUCCUCCAGAGACAGGACUUUCCACUCCCAACAGUGGUGGAGAUACAGAUGAUGAGGAUCUCCCUCCUGUUGGUGGGACACGUUGCCAGGGUUACUAUGAUGUCAUGGGUCAGUGGGACCCACCUUUCAACUGUAACGCCGGUGUCUUCCUGUACUGCUGCGGUACCUGCUUCUACCGUUUCUGCUGCCAGUUCCGUCAGCAGAGCUUGGACCAGAGCAUCUGCUCCAACUAUGACACUCCCAUCUGGGCAAACACUGGCAAACCAGUCGCCACCAUUACUGAGGGACAGGGAGACCUGGACCGGGACCGCACGCAACUUAUCGUGUACAUCAUCUGUGGGGUGGUGGCCAUCAUGGUACUGGUGGGCAUCUUUACUAAACUGGGCCUGGAGAAGAGCCGUGGGGGAAGCGGAGGAGGAGUAGGAGGGGCAGCACAGGCCGACCUCAACUCCAGGACGCUGACAGACCUGCUGAAACAGCAGGGGAAUGAGGUGAGCUCGGUGGAAAAUGCCACGGCCAGUCCGCCCAGUGCAGGGAGAGUCAACGGCGUCUCAGCCAGGAUGCUGCGCAGCAGGAGUGAACAGUACCAGCUGAAUAACUCUGCUUAUGGACCAUUUGGACAAGGGCUUCCACAGCCUCACAGCAACCACAGCACAGUGGGACUGAACAAAUACACCUCCCUGAAAGCUGUGGCUGAAACUGCAUCUCGGAGCUACUACAAGAGCUUCCCUCUCAUGGAUUUCUCCCAAUACCAGCCUGUAGCCCCGCCUGCCUUCCAGCCUGUGCCCAUUCCACCUAAAGAGAAGUCAUACAUCCAUCACCAACCCCUGCCAGCACACCACGACAUCCACUCCCCUCUUUCAAUCUCCAUCCCCCCCAGCCACCUCGAACAAUCACGCCUCUCUAAGACAACCACACACCCGUUUCUCUCCAACUCGGCCUUCAAAGCAUGGGAGCCAAACGCCCGGCAUGUCCACAGGCAGACCUCCGCCCCAGCGCAUACUUCCACCUCUCUGCACAGCUCCACCCGGAGACACAACUACUCAACCCGGAGGCAGCAGAGCACAGAGAAUGUCCCAGAUCUCUAUACUCAACCCUAUGGAGGGAUGUAUGGAGGAACUGGAGGGGGAGCAGGACAGGGGCCACAUGUCCAGGGGCCACAUGUCCAGGGGCCACAUGUCCAGGGGCAACAUCCAUCUCAACCCACUUAUUACCACCACACCAGACAGAAGAGCUACUCCACCCACAGUGCAAAUGAGGUGACUGUCUAA